GGCCCAGGGCAGGUGGAGUGGAGCCCAGCGCCUGCAGCACCGCACCCCGAGUUCUCGCUGGGUCCCGCGUCGUGUUGCGCAGAGCAAACCGGUUAUCGCCAUGGCAUUCGCAAGCUGGUGGUACAAGACGCAUGUCUAUGAAAAAGACAGUGGAUCGCCUUCCAGGUCAGGAGAAAAGAAAGGAGCAGAUGAGAAAAAAGCCACAAGCCAUGAGAGCAGUCAGCCCUCCAGAACCUAUGCUGGUGGAAGAGUCCCGGCCACCAAGGCGUCUACUUCCUCUGCAUCAACCAGCACGUCUUCCAGUAUGAACACCACAGAAAACAAGGCCAUUCCAGUCAGCAAACAGAUGGAAGGAACACCUCCUCCUCACAAGAAAAGACACAAAAAACAGGCUGUAAAAUCAGAACCUGAAAAGAAGUCACAAUCAACUGAGCCGCCUCUGCUUAUUGACGGGAAAAAACUAGAUAAAAAGCCAAAGGAACAACACGAGCCAGAAAGCCUAUCCAAAGGCACGUCACAUACAGCAAGCAAGCAUGCUCAUAAAGAAAAGGCAGUUUCCAGAUCAAGUGAGCUGCCAGAGAAACCAACAAAACCAAAGACUAGAUCUCAGGACACAGGCGGAGAGAGCGCUGCUGCUGCCGGUGUGGUUGUGGCCUCUGGCAAGCCAGACGACAAGAAAAAAGAAAAUAAAUCAUUAAUGUCGGCUGUACCAGUUGAAUCCAAACCGGGUAAACCAUCUGGAAAGUCAGGCAUGGAUGCUGCCUUGGAUGACUUAAUAGACACUUUAGGAGAACCUGAAGAAACUGGACAAGAUAACACACCAUAUACUGGACCUGAAGUUUCGGAUCCCAUGAGUUCUAUCUACAUAGAGGAAUUGGGUAAAAGAGAAGGCUCAAUUCCUCUAAAAUAUAGGGAACUUUUGAAUAAAACAGAAGGGAUCACAAGGCCUCCUCCAGACUCUUCGAAACCCCUGGGGCCCAAUGACGCCAUCGAUGCCUUGUCAUCGGACUUGACCUGCAGUUCUCCUACCACUGGUGGAAAGAAAACGGAGAAAGAGAAAUCUACGGGAGAAGUUUUAAAAGCUCAGUCAGCCGGAGUAAUCAAAAGUGCUGCUCCACCCCAUGAGAAGAAAAGAAAGGUGGAGAAGGACGCGAUGAGCGACCAGGCACUGGAGGCGCUUUCGGCUUCGCUGGGCCGCCGGAAGUCAGAACCCGAGCUCGACCUCAGCUCCAUUAAGGAAGUUGACGAGGCAAAAUCCAAAGAAGAGAAACGAGAAAAGUGUGGUGAAGAUGAUGAAACAGUCCCAGAGGAGUACAGAUUGAAACCAGCCACGGAUAAAGAUGGAAAACCACUAUUGCCAGAGCCUGAAGAAAAAUCCAAGCUCCUGAGUGAAUCAGAACUCAUUGACGAGCUUUCAGAAGAUUUUGACCAGGCUAAACGUAAAGAAAAACAAUCUAAGCCAACUGAAAAAACACAAGAAUCGCAGGUCGCUGCCCCGGCUCCGGCGGGAGAGGAUGUGCCUCGGGCCUCCUUGUGCAGCGUGCAGUCAGCACCACCCAAGCCCGCGGCCUUGGGCAUGGCGCCAGACGACGCGGUGGAAGCCUUGGCUGGCCGCCUGGGGAAACGGGAGGCAGACCCAGAAGCUGGAAAGCCGGUGGAGGAUAAAGUCAAGGAGAAAGCCAAAGAAGAGGAUCGUGAAAAGCUUGGUGAAAAAGAAGAAACAAUUCCUCCUGACUACAGACUAGAAGAGACCAAGGACAAAGACGGAAAACCACUCCUGCCAAAAGAGUCCAAGGAAUCGCUUCCACCCUUGAGUGAAGACUUCCUUCUUGAUGCCUUGUCUAAGGACUUCGGUGGACCCCCAGACACUUCACCACUUAAGCCAUUCGACAAUACUAAACUCACAGCUGCUGUCUCCGAACUGGUUUCCCAAACCCCAGCUGCAACCACGCACUCUGCAGGCCCAUCCCCUAGCACUCUGCAGAGGGACAAAGAACUCGACGAUGCCCUGGAUCAACUUUCGGACAGUCUAGGGCAAAGACAGCCUGAUCCAGAUGAGGACAAGCCAAUAAAGGAUAAAGUCAAGGAAAGAGCAAAAGCUGAACAUAGAGACAAGCUGGGAGAAAGAGAUGACACUAUCCCACCUGAAUACAGACAUCUCUUGGAUAACGAUGAUAAGGACAAACCAGUGAAGCCACCCACAAGGGAUCCAAAGAAACCUGCAGAUGAUCAAGACCCCAUUGACUCCCUCUCAGGGGAUUUUGACAACUGUUCAAGUACAGAAACCUCAGAGAAUACAGCAAAGGACAAAGACAAGAAGACUACUUCCAGCUCCAAAGCACCCAAGAAUGGGGGGAAAGCAAAGAAUUCUGCAAAGGCAAAGGAGGAAACUUCCAAGCCAAAAGCUGAUGAAAAACAAACAAGUUAAAGUUCACACUAUUUGGUAUCUACAUAUAAAAUCUUCAGCUGGUGGUUGGUGACUUCUGAAGAACAAAAGGCUUUGACAACAAACUUUUCUGGGUGGCUUCUAGACAGUGAUCUUUGCUGCGUGUUUUGACAUCCUAAACAUUGGCUUGUUAUUCUUUUCCCAGAAAGAAAUUGAAUUUGUCUGGUUCAACUGUGCUAUUGUACUGAGUAUUGAUAAACUUUGAAUUUUUAAAAAUUG